AUGUCAUGUCCAGUCCAAUAUCACGUUUUCCUCCCCAAUUAUAUCCUUGAAUAUGUCGUUAAUGAACCUGAACGUAUGAUUGAUCCAGACUUUUUUCUAAGCAAAGCCACUCCCGCCCAAAUUGUGGAGGUCAUCCUUUCGUUUUAUCCGUAUUUCUCUUUCACUCAAAAUGCAAGAGAAGAUCAUGAGCUCCUCCUGAAGAUUUUUGUCGAAAUGGUAGCCCCCCGUCUAAACAACAUAAUCAUCCCUGAAAGCCCGACCACAAACUAUGUUCAAGUCAACCUGCACAACCCAACAACCACCGUUCAACCCACCAACAGAUGGGUAAAUUCCAGCGCUGAUAUUGACGCCAAACGGAUCGAAUUUUUCAACGAGCGUUGUCUUCUGAACCUCAAGAACGGGCGCUUCCGUCUCGCGGCCCUAGAUCUUGAGCGAUUCGUAGAGAAGUACAAGUAUCUCAAUCAUGCUGAGAUCGAAGAGCUUGUUCAUGCUCAAGAUGAUCCCGACGAGGAAUCCCACGAAGCUGCGGCUAACCUUCGAAGCGCCCACGAGUCCGUCGAGACAAUUCAGCUUCUUCUACGCGAACCCAAACUCUCACCUACCUCAGUGCAAGAGCUCGAAGAGCAAUUAAGAGGUGCAAGAACCUCAUUGAUAUCGUAUCAGAGAGCAUUUGAAGCUGUCGCAAAAGACGGUGCAUUCAUUCAUGCUUUGAGCAAUCAUCAUAGAAAGAUCCUCGAGAAGCAUAGUACUGGUCAACAUUGA